UUUUCUUUUUUCGGGUUCGGUAUUCAAAUUUUGGCCUUCUAGAAUCAUGUGAUUUGAACGUACAGACGACAAGAAGGCCAUGUAAUUUAAUAUGUCAGAUUUCUUUCAGUAUUUGGAGGACCAUAUUUAUAUCCCAAUUCUAGUCGGCUUGUUUGUGUUGUGUCUGAUCGCCCUCCUGAUCUGGUGGUUAUGUAGGAGAAACAGAGAGCGGUACCUUUACCAACCACUGAACACUCAGGAUGUGGCUCUAUAUGACCGAAUGUACAGCAACCAGAAACAGGCUGCAGAGAAAGAACAGGAAGCGACCUGGAUGAAUGCCCAGUACUACCUGAGGUCUCACCCCCAGUUCAACAGAUUGAAGCAGCUCCCUCAGCUAGGAAGUAGGUCAGAGAAGCAGUGGUUCAAGGUCAGUGAUCAGAACAGAUCGGAGCACCUGCUGACUACACUCCCCCGCCCUGAUAAGUGUCUGCUGGAUCUGGACACUAGAACCAGGAAGAUGCUAAACAGUCUGUUCCAACUCCUGAAGCAUCCGUACAUGUUCGCCAUGACUGAGUUUGACUAUGUUCUAGAUCAGAACUUUGUGGUCAUCAUUCAGCCCCUCUGUCCAAAGGGGUCGCUCAAAGACGUUAUAUAUCAGACAAACUAUGGUACACCAUGGGUCGAAAAAUAUAGAGUCAAAGGGAGAGGUCUAAGAUUGGAGCAAGUGGCUCGGUACGGAAAACAAAUUCUACAGGGUCUCCUGUUUAUGGAACAGAAAGAGUUUCCUCCCCAUGGACACCUGCACACAGGGAAUAUCAUGGUUAACAAUGGAGUGUGCCAAAUCGCAGGUUAUGAGAAUACAUUUAUUGGUUUGAAAUCCAAGCUCUUGGCGAUGGCCAGGAGAAAGUUAAAGGAUCAACCGGAGGCUAUUGAUGUCCUCUCGUUUGGUCACAUUUUGUACGAGAUGUGUGUCGGGACAGAACUCGACUCCCCCCACCCUCAGCCUCAUCACCUUAACAUCAUCAACAACCCAGCUGUGGUGUCAGUGCUGAACUUCAUCUUUGGUGAAGACACGGGUGGAAGAUACCCUUCUCUAACAGAGAUAUCUGAGCUGGCUUUCUUUCAAUCAGUUAACUUGGUGGAGAUGAGCAAGUUCAAUCCCUCUAAGAUUUAUCUAUCAAAAGAAAUGAAAAAAGCCAUAAAAACAGUCAACUCUGGUAAACCCGUAAAAAAGAAAACAAAGAGAACAACCACAAAGGCAGAAAACAUGGAGAGCAAGUCCAAUGUUCCAAGUGGUGGAUCCAAGCCCCCCUCUCCUCCUCCCCCUCCUGGUGGCCCCCCUGUGGUGACCGCACCCCCACCACCCCCACCUCCACCUCCUGUCUUCAGUCCAGGGGGACCCCCUCCGGCUCCCCCGGCCCCGCCCCCACCCCCUCCCCCACCCUCCUCGGGAGGGCCCGGGGGUAGGGCUGCCCUGCUGGGUGACAUCCGGUCAGGGAUUUCCCUCAAGAAAGCUGUUACUAAUGAUAGAAGUGCACCCAAAGUGUAAAGUCAGCUGAGGGAAAGGCUAACUAACUGAGACUGGAAAAUAAAUCAAUGGAUGUGUUCAUGGCUACUCUCUUCCAAAAUUUUAUCAUUGAUUGUCUUUAUAAAAAAAAAAAAACUAUUGCAUUGUUCUUUUAUAAUCUGGUAAAAUUCUGACCCAAGUUCUUCAGCUAUAUGUUCUUUGAUUAAUUAAGCAGUGUGUUCUGAAAUUUACACAUUGAUCCCCCUGUAGAAAAGUGAAUUUUGUUGUUAUUUACAUGUAAUACAUGCAAGUAUUAUGUUGUUGAUUUUAAAGUUUUAACUUUUGUUUUCCAAUUAACAAACUGUUUUAGCCCCUGCAAUAUGUUGGUUUAUAAUGUUGUGCAAUAUACCUUUGUUAUGUGUUGUGAUUGAUAUCUGUGUAUGGUGAGGUGAAUACAUUCAGAGCUGCAUAUACAUGUACAACAGUUUACUUGGUGCAGAUUUUUUUCUACCAAAGGUUUUAUUUUAGUGUUAUUUACACCAAGAAAUGAUAUACUCAUAGACAGGUCUGCCUGUGUGGGUGCUUUAGAAGAGCUGUUAUCCUUGUUUUUGUGAUUUUGUUUUAGUGUAUGAAUCUGUGUCUGAUGGUUAAUGUAAUCCUUAUUGAUUGACGGUGUUGUUUUAGGUUGUAUUUUGUUAAACCAUCAAGUGCCAAUACUGUGAUGCUAUAUAAUGAUAAUGAAUGAACUGUUACAUAUCAAUGACUGUUUAUACCAAAUCAAAUGAUAUAAAUCAAAAUAAAAGGCAUGUACAAAUGAACACAAAA